AUGGCGCCAUCAACAGAUUGGGAUGAAAUCAAACGAUUAGCAGCUGACUUUCAAAAAGCUCAGCUUAGCUCAACAUCACAAAGGUUAUCAGAAAGGAAUUGUAUAGAAAUUGUAGCAAAACUUUUAGAACUAAAGUUAUUAGAUGUUAUAUUUACAACUGACGGUAAGGAAUAUUUGACACCCCAACAAUUGGUGAAAGAAAUAAAAGAUGAAUUAUAUAUUAGAGGUGGCCGAGUCAAUACAGUAGACCUUGCAAGGGAAUCUAGUGUUGAUCUGAAUCAAAUUAAUUUAAAUCUUUCUGAAAUUUUAAAAGAAAAGGAUAUCCGAUUGAUAUCUGGGUACCUAAUAUCUGACAGCUAUGUCGAAAAAAUAGCCAGGGAAAUCAAUGAGAAGCUACAAUUACAAGGCCAACUAUCUGUUGAUGAACUGACGUUGCAAUACAGUCUACCAGCCAACUUUCUUCUAGAUAAUGUGUUAGAGAAGUAUUUAGGCAAAUUGAUUAUUGGAAAACAAGAUCCUUCCGAACCGCGAACAUUUUAUACAGAGGAGUAUAUAACUAGAACAAAGUCAAAAAUUAAGGGUGCUUUCAUGGGUUUACUGAAACCCACCCAAAUUAGUAUAAUUGUUGGUCACUGUAAUGUAGCUGAACGCCUUUUUAUGUCUCUAUUUGACCAAAUAAACGCUCCAGGAGUUUUAACUGGUCGUACAGCUAGUGCUCUCUAUGUACCGUCAUGUUAUACAAAAUCACAAAAUGAAUGGGUGAUUAGCUUUUGGAAGCAAAAUAAUUAUUUAGAAUAUGAUGCAUUACAUCGCUUAGGUUUGUCUGAUCCAAAAGGAUAUAUAAAGAAGGUUCUACACAGUGAAGAUUUGACAUUCCUAAGUAGCUGUGUUAUAGGGUCCCACAUACAACAGCAAGUAGAAGUUGCAUUAGAGGAAUGUAUUGCAUCAAAAACCUACUUGGAUGUUGUGAGCUUACUUCCUUCUGUAUUGUCAGAGAGGGACAUUGAGAAUGUACUUGAUACAUUGUUAAAGAACAAUGCUAAAUCUACUGUUGUCUUUGAUAACACUGUGUUUAGUCAUCAUUUCAUUGAAAACUUGAAACAGCAUUGUAUGGCAAUAACUAAAUCAAAAGCAGAAGCUGUGGUUAAAUCUGGAAAAUACCAACAAUUCUAUUUAGAAAAACAAAUAGCUAGAAGUGAACAGUUGCAAACACAGACAGAUCAUAAAACUGAGAAGCGUGAAGAGAGGAGACGUAAAGCCACAAGUGGGAAAGGUGGUGGUGGUACUCAGGGUCGCGAAACCAAGACUAAAGCUGUUAAGAAACACCCCAGAGGUAAGCAAGUGGUACAUGAUUCUGAUUCUGAGGAGGAAGUAUCAAAGAAAGCUCAGGCCCAAUUGGAGAUUAUUUCUGUGGAGGAUGUUGAGAACCUCAUCAAGGGUAAUCUAGAAAGUGAAGGUCUGGAGGACUUGGUGCAGCAAAUUGCUGAAUAUUUACAGAGCUCCUUGAAUGAUACUGCCUUAGCCAUUGCAAAGGAUAUGGCAGAGAAAUUGCUACAGAACGCAAGUCAAAGCAAAAAACAAACGCAUUCUUCAGCCCAAGACAGAGUUAAUGUCCUCGUCAAUGAUAUUAAACUGUACGAGAAAGGUUUAAAAGUAUUCCCUGCCGACCAGCAACCAGCGUACAUCAAAUAUUUGUUGAAAACUUUCGGAUCUGACGUUUUGGGUGAAUUUUGUAAGUAUGCUGCGAACCAGUGCAAUAUAUCCGUGCAAGUGGAUGUGCUGUCCCCAGAACAGAGGAAUAAGAUCAUAAAUGAUCUACCAGAAGAAUACAUGAAGCCAUUCAGAGCUUUAAAUGCAACCUUAUCAGAACAGAAUUUAGACUUGUUCUAUCAAGCAGUGGAUGUUUGUCUGUCGGAGUGUGGCAUGAUAUUGAAGAAGGUUAAUAAAAAAGAAGACAAACACUUAAUACUAAAUCACAGAGAGAAAUUAAUCUCAGAGUUGGAAAACUGUGACGAUCCAGCCUUGGUCCUUCACUUGGCUGUUUUGGCGAUAUUCACCAUGCUUCAUCAGAACAUGUUGCACGCUUCUGGUCGUCAGGUGCCGUCUAUAAUUGGCUAUUUGAAAGCUCAACUUAAAGACGAGGAUUAUGUCAAGUUACAACACUAUCAGGAAUCAGUGACAAAAUUUUUGGUGGCGCGCGAAGAAGAUAAAAUUGCACUGGAGGAAGCCUUGAAAGAUGAACUACCCGCAAUUAAAAAUUUGGUUAGCGAAGUCAAGAAAUACAAAUAA